AGAGUGAUGAGAUGAUGGAGGUGUAGAGUCAGUGAUGAGACAGCAGGACAGAUCUCACUUCUGAUAAAUGACUUUUUUGAGGCUGGAAGAUCUUGCGUCACCGAGGAACCUUCUCAGGAGCAUCAGGACUGAGUGAAGGCAUCUAGCAAUCCUUCCAGAGAUCCCUGAGCAGUGCCGAGGCUCAAGUCACUGCAAUGUCACUGUGAUGCCUCAGGAGCAUCCUCGCAGAGUCUAGAACGUACUCCUGACAAAGUGUAAUGUUCUUCUGAAGAGCCUAGAGCUGCAUCUGACCAGAGAGCGUUCUCCGUGUGGUGUGGAGCACCGUCGGCCAGUUUGAGAUAAAUCUAAGAGAUCCUCUUAACGAGUUGAUGUUCUAGAGCUUUGGCGUGUCUGAGCUGAGUGUGGAGCGUCCUGCAGUGCGCCUGGACAAACACUGAAGCAGGAUUUCAAGCGUCCUCUGGUUCAGCAGAAGUGUAGAAGGUUCACGCCGCUCCUUGGUGAAGAUGUUCCCGAUGAAACAACCAUGGCUGUGUAAAGUUUUAGGUUGCUAUGACAGCUGCGUGCGCUGCCUGGGCGCCGUGCCCUAUGUCACUCUGAGCGCCACGCUGCUGUGUUACGCCGGAGUCGCGCUCUUCUGCGGUGGAGCACACGAGGCCCUCACACACACACACACACUCGUCCAAACACACUUCGCCCGCGCACAGCCCGACUUCGAGGUGCUCGCUGACUUUAUUAAAUAUUUCCAGUAUGUGAUUUACGGACUGGCGUCGUUCUUCUUCCUGUACGGGAUCCUGCUGCUGGCCGAGGGGUUUUACACCACCAGCGCCGUCAAGCAAACAUUCGGAGAAUUCCGGAGUACAAAAAUCAGCCGCUGCCUCAGCCUCACCUUCCUGAUCGUGACCUACACACUGGCGGUGAUCUGGAUCGUGGUCUUCGCCUUCUCUGUGAUUCCCGUCUACUUCCUGUUCAACAUGUCUGAGACGUGUCACACCGUCCACAUCCUGUCUGAGACGACCACCAGCCUCAACCAGCACUCCUGGGUGUGUGUCGACCCGCGGCAGUUCGGUCUGCUCCCCUGGAAGGCUACACCAGGUAAAGUGUGUGGUAUGACCAUGGCCAACAUCUGCAAAGAGCCUGAGUUUUACAUGACCUAUGAUCUUUACAUCACCGCCUUUGCUGGAGCAGGAGCCACACUGCUCGGCCUGAUCCUCUAUAUCAUCGCUGCCACCUAUAACUAUGCUGUUCUGAGGUUUCUCGGCAGUAAAGGGAUCCGUUGCUAGGCGCAGCAUCAGUGGGCGUGCCGUUGCUAGGCGCAGCGUUGCCAGGCAACAUGUCUCCUCUCUGAUGCGUGCCGCCGCGCUUGCUGUUGCAUUGUCACGGCGACCGUGUCCAUGGGGUAUUCGCUAAAGAGGAUCAUGAAGUGAAAAACAAACAAACAAACAAAUAAACAGAGUGUGUAAACGACAGUGAGAUUAACCUGACUUAUACAGAGUGAUGUGUAAACAUUAGACAGUUAACCAAUCAGCACAGGGCAGGGGGGCGGAGCCUCUCUCAUCUCAUCUCAUUAUUACAUCUCUCUGCUUCUGUUUAUCGCUGCCUUCUUUCCCAGCAUCACCCAUCUGUCUCUCUGUCCUCAUCUGUCCUUACAUUCAAAUGUCUGCAGGUCUCUUUCCUGUCUCUCUCUCUCUCUCCUCUCUAUAUCUCUGUCUUCUCUUGAGCUGUCAAUCUAUUUCUCUCUGUUCCUCUAUUUUCACUAUUCUUCCAUUUUAUAUCCCUGUAUCCAUCUCACCACUUGUUUAUUUCUCUAUCUCCGCAUCUUUGUUGCUCUAAUUACCUCCAACUUUCUUUUCAAUCGCUCUCCUAUAUAUAUAUACACACAGUAUAUAUACACACACACACACACACACACACCAGUCCCCAUUAAGAGAUUUUAAAGCAGCUCUUGUUUGUGUGUGUGUGUGUGUGUGUGUGUGUGGGAUUUUAAAUAAUUAACUUUUUUUUUUUUACAAAAAUUUAAAAUUUAUAACACACGGUUCUAACUGACUGUGUGUGUGUGUGUGUGUGUGUGUGUGUGUGUAUGUGUGUGUGUGUGUGUGUGUGUGUGUUUUCUCCAAUGGUGCUACAUCACGAUUAAUGUUAAUUUUUAGAAAAGUGUAACGGUAACACACACUGUACAUUUUUAAUGUUUAAUUAAACUGAGGGUUUUUUUAGUUAAUCAGCUACACAACUGUGUAUGUGUGUUACGCUGUAAACUGUCUCACGUUCUGCAAUAAACACGUAUUUAAUCCAA